UUUGUAAAGCUUUUUGCUUUAAUCUCCACCUCUGCAAUGCUGUCGCUUUUACCUGCUCCCCAACCUUCCCAUUCACAAGCGUUGUGAUCUUGUUUUGUUUACUAUUCUCCACACCAAACCAAAAAUCAGUCGCACGCCAUGAUCCGCUCCAAACACUCUUACUCUCUGUUACGUUAUCAGUUCAGUCGGAAAGUGACGUCGUAUCUGCUGCUGCUGCUAUUCUCUUUGAGCGUUCUAACCAUUCUGCUAAUUAUCGUCUACAGUGCGGGUCUAAUCGGCUAUGGUGCGGAAAAUGUUGCGCUGUUAACAUUUUUCAAACGCUCACAGCGGCAACAUUCAAUUCCUCAGAAUCUCAAGACACGGCAACACGUAGCCGUCUCUAGCACAAAUCGGCAAUUACGUGAUUGGCAUACAUGGCGACCAAGCGACUUGGCAAACGCAAACGGCGAUCAACAAUUGACACAACCACCACCGUUUAAUAUUGGCCAACGUUACAGCAACAGCAACAACCAAAACGGCAAUGGCAUAAAGUUAACCGGUUUCAAUGUUCGACUCUCUGAGAGUUUACCAUUGCGGCGGACGGUUCCCGAUACCAGACAUAAAAAAUGCAAAGCGAAACUGUACCCUGCUCAACUGCCCAGCUGCAGUAUUAUCAUUGUCUACUACAAUGAAGAACCCUCAGUAUUGCUCCGGACCCUAUAUAGCAUAUGGGAUCGAACUCCCGACGAGUUAUUCCUGGAAAUUAUACUUGUCAAUGAUUUUAGCGAAUCCUUAAAUAAAGACGAGCAAAAGGAUUUAGAAAAAUACUUAGCUGAGAACUUCCCCCAAAAGUUGCAGCAGAUUAACUUACAACAACGAGAAGGCUUAAUACGAGCCCGUUUGGUUGGAGCCCGUCAAGCUAGAUGCGAUGUUUUGGUAUUUCUUGAUGCCCAUGUUGAGGUGAAUGAGAAUUGGUUGCCUCCCCUAUUGGCGCCAAUUGUGGAAAAUCCCAAUACCACGACCACGCCCAUUAUUGACAUUAUCAAAUAUGAUACGUUAGAGUACCAAGGUGGCAUGUCCUCCCGGGGUGGCUUCAAUUGGCAGUUCAAUUAUGUACAAUUGCCUUUGCUGAAAGAGGAAGAGGCCAUGGAUCCAGAACCCCAUAACAAUCCCAUAAUGAAUGGUGGUCUCUUUGCCAUUGGCAGGGAAUAUUUUUGGCAGUUGGGUGGCUAUGACAGGGGUUUGGAAAUUUGGGGUGCCGAACAAUAUGAAUUGAGUUUUAAGAUAUGGCUUUGUGGUGGUCGGCUUUUGGAGGUGCCCUGCUCCAGGGUGGGUCAUUUGUAUCGCUCACCAGAGUUUGCUGUGAGCUAUACCAAGCGGAAAGAUGAUUUCAUAUCGAAGAACUACAAACGUGUGGCCGAGGUGUGGAUGGAUGAGUACAAGGACUAUCUGUACGAACACAUACCCAAACUCAAUCAAAUUGAGCCGGGAGAUCUCAGGGAACAAAAACAACUGAGAAGCCAACUGCAAUGCAAACCCUUCAAGUGGUUCAUGCAAAACAUUGCCCCCGAUUUGCUCAAGGCCUAUCCGCCGGUAAAGCCGCCAGAUUUUGCCAGUGGUGCCAUACAAAGUUUGGCCCGACCCGAACUUUGUUUAGAUAUGCAGCACGUGGAACCACGUCAAGAACUUAAAAAUGUCCUAAAGUCCUGUUCGCCGGACCUAAAAUAUCCCUACGAUGCCCAAAAAUGGCAUUUGGGUUUUCGCCGAGAUCUGCAGCAUCAUGGCAAUUGUUUGGAAGUGCAAAGCUGGACUUCAAAUGCCCCCAUUUGGCUGUGGCCCUGUCACAAUCGUGGUGGCAAUCAAUGGUGGUAUUAUGAUCGCAAUACCCAAAUGCUGGUCCAGGGUAAAGAGUCAUAUCAGCAACGCUGCAUGGAGAUGGAGCCGGCAACGGGUGGAGUUUUUGUCAAUUUUUGUGAUCUCACAAAGCCGGAACAGAAAUGGCAUUUCGGCUAUGUCAAUGAAACGGCUAUGGAAAAGUUUUUUAAGGAUGAAUAAAA